AUGAAACAGAUGUUGAAAGAUUUUUCAAAUCUACUGCUAGUCGUGCUCUGUGAUUAUGGUAAGUAUUCGGUGCAAGCCAUUGGAGACAAUUGACUAUGGUUAUUUUGGAAUCUCUUAUAAAUGGGUGGCUUGAUGUGAAAAGAAGAAGAAAGAAAGAAAUGGAAAUAAAGUGUUAUAAUCACGUAUCUGUUUGCCCCUGUAAAGAAUACUAUGCACAGCCUUCUAAAGUUUCUUAGAAAAAAAUGGAAAGGACUAUAGCUGUGUUUUUCUCUAGCAGUAUUGCUGGAAAGUCAGCUCUUGCUCCAGCCAACGCUUUAUUUCACGGGUGGAAAAUCUCUAGUCUAAGGACCAAUUCCCCCAAACCUCGUCCAUCAGCUGACAUCAGUCACUAUCUUUUCUUCCAAGUUCUAACACACCUUCCCUUCUUCCCGCCCCCUUCAUAGUAGAAGCUGUUCCUUUUCUUUUCAGUGACUGAAGAUUCUCACACGACCUUCCUUUUCUCCAAGCUAAGCAUUUCCAGACAAUAGCUCCUUCAACCUUUCCCCCUCUAAUUUUGUUUUGCGCAGUUUUUAAAAAAUGUACCCAAAAUAGAGUACACCAGAGACGGCAUUAAGAGGUAUUGCUGAGAAAUACACAUUACGUGGCUGGAAAUAAUGUACUGAUGCUUAUUUAUAGCAUUUUUGAUGCACUCUUCAGCUGGAAAAGGCUCCCAGAGCAGCUUGCGGAUAUCAGUAAUAACUGCCCCACUCCUCAGGCUUACAUUCUGAAAGGCAUGACACUAAAGGGGAGAAAGGAUUGGGGGGCGGGACCCAAACUCUGGCACUCAUUAUUAGUUACACAUUUGUUUAAAGGUAAAGGUAAAGGGACACCUUAGGUCCAGUCGUGACUGACUCUGGGGUUGCGGUGCUCAUCUUGCUUUUUUGGCCGAGGGAGCCGGCGUACAGCUUCCGGGUCAUGUGGCCAGCAUGACUAAGCCGCUUCUGGCGAACCAGAGCAGCGCACGGAAACGCCGUUUCCCUUCCCGCCAGAGCAGUACCUAUUUAUCUACUUGCACUUUGAAGUGCUUUCGAACUGCUAGGUUGGCAGGAGCAGGGAUGGAGCAAUGGGAGCUCACCCCGUCACAGGAAUUCGAACCGCCGACCUUCUGAUUGGCAAGUCCUAGGCUCUGUGGUUUAACCCACAGCGCCACCUGUGUCCCUACACAUUUGUUUAGCUCCCAGCAAUUGAAAUAUCUUCUUAGAAAUGGCUGCCGUGCAGUUGGAUGCUGGCUUUUUGGGGGUGGGGCUUUGUCCUUCUGGGGCCCAGCCAUUAUCUCAUCAUGAAAAUUAGCUCUUGGGUGUUCAGGUAACACCACGGUCCCUAGAGUUGAUGGGUCUGCUGCAGUAGGAUGCUUAUCGUUCAAGAAUUAGCCCUCUGCCCCAAUCUUCCUAGAAUUCGCCACGAUGGGCAGGUGAGGUCCCCAGGCUUCAUUCAGGAAGCUUACUGGAAUUCGUUGGCAUCUUCUCAUCGCUGCCACAGCAGGGAAGACUCAGAGGUGACCCUGGUGACACCCACCAGCAGGGGUGGAACUACUACGAAACUAAUGCAGUUUAAGUUCCAGGGCCCGUAAGCCUGGAGGGUCCCCAGAAGCAGCUUUGGUCCACACUGCAAAUUAACAAAACAGGUAUUCGAAGCAACUCAACCCUCAGCGAUCAAUCAAAAGUUUGUUGCAGAUCCCAGUUCCUGCUUUCACAUUUGCUAUAUGAGCAUGUGAUAUCAGGCAAAUAGCCAGAUACGGUGCUGAUGUGUAAAUCAGCAUCAAUUCCCUGCUCUGCCCCCCCAGCAAAGGAAUAUUUGUAUCUGGACAUACACACCCCGCCAGAAUCAAGCCAGCUGCAAAAGCUCAGAUUUCACCUAUUGGACUCCUAUACAUUUUGAACAGGCCAGAGGACAGGAUAGAUCUCUGUGAGACACCACAGGGAAUAGAUAAUAGAGGGUCCUGCCUUGUGGGAGGCCGAAUCCUUCGCUUCUGGCUUUUGUCGGUUUUAAUUUUCGCGUCUAAAUCCCUUCUCUUUUUCUCUGUGAUGCGAAGGCUAAAUGAAAUAUUCAUAAGCUCUGUCACAAAAGAAGCCUUCAAAAAGAGUGCUGCAGCAUAUUAUUCCGUUUUUUCAACUUGGGUGGUAUUUUCUAGAAUUCUGCUUCAGACGCCACCUCCCCUUUCAUUUUUAUCUUAACUAAUAUGCAAUGUAAAUGAAGCAUUAGUGGGUCAAGGUGAAGGCAGAAAUGGCAAUGGCUUGUAGAGCUCAAAGGCGGUGGCGGGUGGGGAAAUUGCUCACCAAGCAUUCUUCUCUUCCUGCCCCGUUGGUUAAAUAGUUCGGAAGGAAGUAGACAGGUGAGCUCAUCACCCACAGACUUCAGGGUCCUUUAUUACAGUGGAGAUGCUCCAGGUUCCUCAGGCCUUUCCAGCUUUCCAAAUGCAUAGCUGUCAACUUACAGCAUUAUGGGUGCAGAGUCAUCUCUGCUGUGGAUUUGGUAGUAACUUGGAGCCAUGCAUGUAAUGAAUUGGGCAAAUUUAGGCUUCUAAAGCCCCUUAUAACCAGCUGCAUCUGCCUGUUGCUGAGUAACUGACCACCAGGAGGUUGAAACUGAGAAUGUUUUUGGGAGCUGCUUGUUAGUGCAGAGUGUGAAGGUUACACACCUCAAAAAAAAACACCUCUUAAAUCUCCCUAUCUCCUCCCCUUCUCCUUGCGUUGAUUCUUUCUAUUCAACUAUUGACCUUGUCAAAUACCUUCUUUUCAGUUCUUGGAGCAGUGGAGUAUCUCCUCUUGGAGCAAGCAACUCACGUAGCCUUGAGCAAUGGCACUGUGUCGGUUAGCUUCCAGAAUUAUUAUGACAGCAAUGUGACAUUGAAAAAUGGUUCCAUCCUGCUCAUAGAUGCCAGCACCAAUCAAACUGUCACCAGAAAACAGCUCCUGCAAAACCAGGACCAAGUUAUUGUUGUCUUUGAGUGCUUCCAUUUUAAGAGUGCCGGGAACUACUGGUUCAGAAUGGAGAACCAGUGGAAUGGAGAGAAGACCCCACUGAGUGUCGUCUGGCCUGUAUUCCACUUUGAUUUGAGGAGGACUUCUGAAGCGGUUGAGUCUUCCCUUCAGCUCAGGCUGUUUACCGACGAAUAUUUGUGUCCGGUGAAUAAGACGGUGGUUUCUCUGGAUGUUAUACUGACCAGCCGCUUCUAUGAACUAGGAAAACAGAUCUCGAAUGAGACUGUGGGACUGAGAACUAGCAAAGAGCUUUCUCUCGCCAGGUCCCAGUGGGUAACGCUUGACUGUCGCUUGGUUGGCCAAGAAGCCUACAUGACUCUAUUCCUGAAAUCGGCAGAGACCAAGUCAGUCAUUGCUUCAGAAGGGCCUAUUGAUCUCGUGCGCAGAUUUGGGUACAAGCUGGUCGUGGCAGGAGAAGUGACAUGUGAGUCUUCGGUUGUGGUUUCUGUCAUUCCUCCUCCCUGCACUUCUGCUGGUGGGAACGUUGCUGUGUUCAAAGACCUUGGGCCUUCUGGUCAGAGGGCGUUAAGGCUGCAGGAGAGUGUCAUGAAUCCAAAGGACGGCCAGAUAGAAUUCAACUGCACAUUGUUCGACGAGGGCGCAAACAAAUACUGCUUUGAAUUUAGCCUUUUGCCCAGAGACAAUGCCCCACCGAGAGCGAGGGAAUGUGCGCUAAUCCAAAGGAAUGUUGGUCUGUAUUACCUUUUGAGAAAGCCUCCAUUUGAAAACCCAAAGGAUUAUGAGAUGUCUUUGUGAUUGCAUGCCGUGCAUCUGUGCAUCGUAGAGCCUGGAAUAUGAUUGCAUUUGCAGCGUGACCCACCCCCAAUGCAGAGCUGUGAGCACAGGAUAGGACCCCCAUAAAACACGAUGAUAAAGCCCUUUCACUGCCCCUUAACUAGGCGAGCAGCAGGGAGUCCAGACAAAGGCGGGCAGGUGACAAGGAUGGGAGGCGAUGACAGUGAAGAGGUUUGUAAUACCUUAUGGGAAACCCCUCUUGUAGUGGAGAGGGGUUGGGCCACUGGUUUAAUCUCAACUUUUUGCUCAUUUUCUAAAAUGCCAUGUCUCAUUCUGAUAAGAAUAAGAAUAAGAAUUUUAUUAUUUAUACCCCGCCCAUCUGGCUGGGUUUCCCUGGCACUCUGAGCGGCUUACAACAUAUCUAAAAACAUAAAUCCUUAAAAACUUCCCUAAACUGCGCUGCCUUCAGAUGUCUUCUAAAAGUCAGAUAGUUGUUUGUUUCCUUGACACCUGAUGGAGGGCCGUGUUCCAAUGGGAGGGCGCCACAACCAAGAAGGCCCUCUCCCUGCUUUGCCAAAAGGGAUUCUAGAUAGCCUCGGGCAAGACACUGUGAGCAUCAGCUCAGAAAGGCAGUCCCCAAACCUUAGAGAAAAGGGCUUGGGGGAAAGGUGUAACUUAGUGGUAGAGCAUCGCUGGUCACAUGCAGAAGGUCCCAGGUUCAAUCUCUGGCAUCUCCAGGGUAGAGCUGCGAAAGACUCCAUAGCUCAGGCGCUGAUAACGCCAAGGUUGCAGGUUCGAUUCCCGUUAAGGGACAGCUGGAUAUUCUUGCACUGCAGGGGGUUGGACUAGAUGAUUCCAACUCUGUGAUUCUGUGAUUACCUUCUUAGAGCUGCUGCCGGACGGUGUGAACAAUAUUGAGCUCUACGGACCAGUGGCCUGACUCUGUGUACAGCAGCUUCCUCUGUUCCUAUGUCAGAAGACUGCUUGGUGUGUGCUCAUAGUGUGUUUGGAGACAUGCACAUCCCCUUUACAAUUUAUAGCAGCAAACCGCGAGUAGGGCACUUGCAGUGUAAAGUCUGAAGCACAUCUGGUUGUCAGCUUAGCUCGCCCUGCAGAGUUCUUGGGAGGAAAUGAACACCAAGGCUCUUUGCAUCUAAUAAUGUGUAACCCAGGCGAUUGGUAAUAAGGGGGCAGCUGUGAAGAUGCUUGAUCACAUUUGCCUAAGGGAAUUGCCUGUGCUCUUAUUCCACUUGUAAAGGUAAAGGGACCCCUGACCAUUAGGUCCAGUCGUGACUGACUCUGGGGUUGCGGCGCUCAUCUUGCUUUACUGGCCAAGGGAGCCGGCAUACAGCUUCCGGGUCAUGUGGCCAGCAUAACUAAGCCGCUUCUGGCAAACCAGAGCAGCGCACGGAAAUGCCGUUUACCUUCCCGCCGGAGUGGUACCUAUUUAUCUAAUUGCACUUGGACGUGCUUUUGAACUGCUAGGUUGGCAGGAGCAGGGACCGAGCAACGGCAGCUCACCCCGUCACGGGGAUUCGAACCGCCGACCUUCUGAUCGGCAAGUCCUAGGCUCUGUGGUUUAACCCACGGUGCCACCCGCGUCCCUAUAAGAUUGACUACAGAGCCCGAACGCAGGCUGUGGGGGGCACUGCUUUACCAUGUUUCUGUGCUUCAGUUGCUAUCAAUUCAGAGGUUGCACUUUGAGGGAAAUGUCAGUUCCAACCAGCUGAUGGAGUGUUAGCUGGGAAAGGUGUGGCUUGCUGCAGGCUUGUUCAAGCCUCCUUUCAGAAGGGCAGGGCAGUCUGCUGGCACAAUUGCUCCAGAAACCAUUCCUGACGCUGAUUAUGUAGCUGCCUGUUGCCUAAUCCCUAGCUUCUCUUCCUUUUGAAAAGGGCACGGCAAGAUCCCUUGAAGCUUCAGGCACAGGACACGUCACCACCGGGAGAAUCCACCUAAUUCAUUAGCAGUGGGUGCAGUCUAGGAGUGCCAUCUUUUCAUAUUCAUCUUUUCCCUGUGCUUCUUAGCAGCGUGGCAUGCAGAUUCCUUGCAUUGCAGGGAGUUGGACUAGAUGACUCUUGUGGUCCCUUCCAAUUCUACAAUUCCUUGUUAAAACAGGGAUGAGGAAUGUGUGGUCCUCCCAGAUGUUGGGACUUCAGUUCCCAUUCCCUUCCCCCCACCCUGCCCCCCGACCAUGCUGUCUGAGGCUGGCGAGGGUUGGAAUCCAAAAACAUCUGGAGCUUCACAGGUUCCUCAAUUGCCCCCCCCAUUUUUAAUCUCCAUGUCAGAAAAAGAUCCACCUGUUUAUUUUCUCCUGUUAAAGCGAGGUCACCUUUUCCACACCUGUUUUCUCUUUGGUCCCAUCAGCCACCUGCCUUCGGCUCUCAUUUGCUGCUUAGGAAAAUGAAUGUUCUGGUGGGCGAUGGGGCCAUGAGUUGAGCAGGAAGAAGAAGCUGUAGGUACAGCUUUCUUGAGCGGGGAAGGGGGGAAACAACAACAACAACAAUUUAUUAUUUAUACCCAGCCCAUCUGGCUGGGCUUCCCCAACCACUCUGGGCAGCUUCCAACAAAAUAUUAAAAUACAGUAAUGCAUCAAACAUUAAAAGCUUCCCUAAACAGGCUUUUCACUGGCCAGCAUCUCAGACCUUUCAGUUGCAUAACUAAGAAGGACUCUGUGUUACUGAGGAACACAACAGGUGUGUUUAUGAGUCUACACCCAUCAGUUCGGCUUGCACCCAUCGGUCCCAGAGAAUGGAGCCUGGUGGCUGUGGUUCUUUUAGGCUGUGUGGUCUGUGUGGGGUUACCAGUGGCCCUCCAGAUGUUGUUGGACCACAAUGCCCACCAUACCUGACAAUUGACCACGCUGCCUGGGAUGUUGGAGGACAACAACAACUGGAGCACCACAGAUUCCCCAUCCCUGAUUCAGAGGUUCCAUCUUGUCUGGGUGGAGUCAUUUGCAGAUGUGCAGGUGACCUCAACGCAGCUGUGACCUCCAUAUUUUUCUCCUCUGCAUCUUUAUUAUGUAGCAUCUUAAAGGUAAAGGGACCCCUGACCAUUAGGUCCUAUCGUAGCCGACUCUGGGGUUGCGGCGCUCAUCUCGCUUUAUUGGCCGAGGGAGCCGGUGUACAGCUUCCGGGUCAUGUGGCCAGCAUGACUAAGCCGCUUCUGGCGAACCAGAGCAGCACACGGAAAUGCCGUUUACCUUCCCGCCGGAGUGGUACCUAUUUAUCUACUUGCACUUUGACAUGCUUUCGAACUGCUAGGUUGGCAGGAGCAGGGACCGAGCAACGGGAGCUUACCCCGUUGCGGGAAUUCGAACCGCCGACCUUCUGAUCAGCAAGUCCUAGGCUCUGUGGUUUAACCCACAGCACCACCUGUGUCCCUUAUGUAGCAUCUUAGCACGGUGCUAAUGUGGCACAUGGGCCAAAUGAAACUCAGUCCAGAUGAGGCUGAAGCAGUGUUGACCUGCAGCUCUUUUGACCUAGUGAUGAGACACCAUCUGACUUUGGGUCUCGUUCCCACACGUACAUACUCGAAAUUUCUUAACACUUGAUGUGUGCAAGCUUAAUGAGUGAAUUUCCCUACCUGAGAAGUACUGUGUUUGAGUUGACAUUGGAUGAUAAUAGUUUCUACCUGUGGUGUUGUGGUCUCAUUUGCUUAUGUAAUUUAGGAACCAAGGGUUGUAUUCAACUGUGAUCUAAGUUGCUUGUUCCAUAAGCGCAAGGAUCUCUCUUGUGCAACAAAACAUUCUCCCCCUGAUAUCUCCCAACCUUCCAGCUCAGAUUUGGGAAUAGCUUUGGUGCACAUGCAGAGGGGGACAGGGAAGAUCCCAUUGUACUAGCAGUAAUCCUUGCGCAGUUAUUAGAGAUCUGCCUUGCAUCCAGUCUGUUCUGACUGGCAGUGACUUACCAAGAUCUCAGGAAGAGAUCACUCUGCUGCUUGGUAUUUUGUUGCUAACAUGAAAUGCCAAGGAUUGAACCUGGAAUACACACAAAACUUAGGCUCAGGACUGAGCUAUGGCCCACCUGUAUGUAUGUAUGUAUGUAUGUAUGUAUUUGUUCAUUUAUUUUAAAGCGUUUAUAUACCACUUAAUAUUUCUGAAAUCUGCAUGAAAAACAUAAACAAGGGAAUUAAAAAAAAAAAGCAGCGCAAAACCUGUAAAGGAGUAGUACAAGGGCAUAUAGAAACCAGAAUCCAGACAAAUGAAAAGGGUCUGAUGUUAUGUGUUACAAGUGUUUAUAGUCUAUCCUCUUGCAAAACUCCAGGGCAGUGUACAACAGCAUAAAAAACAUUUAAAAGCAAUGCAUAUCAAUCAUUAAAAUGACUGGCUAAUUCAGGGACAUUUUAGACAACUGCAUAGGCCUAUGGGCGUAAAAAAAAAAAGUCAACAAGAAAUGGCUGAAAGCAAAAAGUGAGAUGUGCUCGGACAAGACGUCCGAAGCAACUGAUGUUUGCAGCUUUAUGUAUGGCAGAGUUCAGAAGGGCAUCCCAUAAUACAGACCGAACAGUGGCCAGCUUCCAGGUCACUGCUCUGCUGCUACUUAGAUGUUGUCACUUGAUGCUGUAAUCAGUAAGUGAAGAACUAAACUAGUCCUUGGACCGAAAGGCAAAUUGCAACCGGAAUGCUUCGUUUCCCCACAAGGUGGAGACUUCUAUCCAAUUUAGAUGUUCCCAGUGUCAGUCACGCCCUCACAUCUUCAAGCCAGGACUAUUGCGACACACGCUGGAAACUGAAAACCGUCUGCAGCUGGGGUCGAAGGCAAAAACUUACUUCUCCAGAGGGUUGGGCCACAAUAUGUUUGUUGCUCAGAGUGCCUGGUGCGUCAUGAGCACUCUACUUUCUGAGAGGUAUUGUGUUCAAUAAUAGUUCUGUUUAUUGUGUUUUGGUCUCAUUUGCUUAUGAAAGUUAGGAACUUGCCAGUACAUGGCUGACCGCAUCUGUCUUCCACACUGUGCGUAGGGUAGAUGUCGGAAGAGGCAUUGCUGUUACCCCUGGCAACCAGGCCUGUGAUAUUUGAUAGGUGGAAUGAUCAGCUCACCGCAAAGAGACACUUUCAGAAAAGGCCGCUCAGCCUGGAAAGUGUUGCCCUUCAGGUGACCACCCAUAGUUAGUUUGGGUACAGUGGCAAUGAAGGACCUGCAUGGCCUUUCAGAUGUUGUUAAACUACGACUUCCAUCAGCCCCUGCAAGCAUGGCAAAUUGGGCAGGCAUGAUGGGUGUUGUAGUCCAACAACAUCUGAAAAGCCGCAGGUUCUCCAUCCCUGGUGUAAGGCUGCUAUCUGCAUCGUGGCGAAUCACCGAGGUCCUUUGCUUUCCCUGCUUCCUUCUGUAUCCAGCACCCAUUUUACAGUCCUGUUUGCAUACAGGACAACUUCCUCCCAGCAAGAGAUUGAAAGGCUGGAUUUGCCUACUAAUAUCUCGUAACUGGAUCAGCCUACUAAGAGAAGGCUGAGGGUCAGAUUUGAAUGUACCCGUUUUCAAGGCUAGCAAUUUUCUGUCUCUCUAAUGGAAGGUAUCCCUCCAGUAAUGCAGAGUUUGUGUAUUCACAGGAUCCUGGGGACUUUGGCAGGCCUGGAGCCCCUGUAGUGUGACUUGUGGGGACGGCACCCGACAGCGCUAUCGAGAAUGUCUCGCAUCUUUCCCGUUCCCUAUAAAGCAAGGCUGCGCUGGGAGACAGCAAGAAACGUCUCUCUGCUCCUUGGAGGAGUGCUCCAGUACGUAGUCUUUAUGUUGAGAUUGCAUUCUCACUCACAGUGAGUCUGGGGAAAGGGCAGGAUAGCAAUAAAUAAGACGGCAAUAAUAUUAUUAUUCUCCUCACCUCUUCGUGGCAGUGAAUACAAGCUAUGUCCAUCCCAGUGUGUUUUGUGUGGGGACGAUUGUCUUUGUGAAACCUCAGGACAGGCAGAAGUGAAGGAAGAAGACCCAAGGGUAGAGCUAAAACGUUUUAUAGGCAGACACGCAACGUGAAGGUGUCAUGUAAGAAUGACAUACACAUCUGCAGAAUGCCGAUGCCUGAACUACUGUGGUUAAGUUUUCCAUGUCCAGAAAGGGCUGUAACUGCCUGUGGGGAUCACACAGGGUCCCCGGACGUUUAACGGUCUAUUGAUCCCUGUGCCACCACUGUGCUCGCUUCCCCGCUGCCACCAACCCGUUACUGUCGGGUAAAACACUGAGUCCAGACAGUUGUUAAAAGUGAACCAUAUAAACAAGUUUAUUUUAUAAGCCUUAACAAGUUUAUGGUUUCUCAGAUAAUAUUCCUGCAGUAUCUUAACUUUGGUUUCUUUAACGGGCCUAUACCUUCCUAAUACCUUCUGACUGAUUAUCUCAACUGUUUGACUGACUCCUCUUAACAAAUUCUCUCCCUCUCUCACAUCAGACUAGCCCAACCCACAGACUUAUCCUCUCUGUCUCUUCUAACUCCAGACCGUCUUCUCAACCACCCUAACUCCCUACUCCUCCAAAAACCCUCUGUGCUUAAACCUUAUACACAAUUAACUCCGCCCCUUGGGUUCCUAUUGGUUAGUCAUUUUACAAUUAGGUAACCCUUUCCUUAUAAACCCAGUACGAUGUCACACACCUAGGAGGGCAAACGCCACACUGCCAUACUGGGUGCAGCUAGUAAAAGGUGUCUGUACCCAUUGAGGCUCUCCUGCCCACCUAGCAGUUCGAAAGCAUGACAUGCAAGUAGAUAAAUAGGUAUUGUUCCGGCGGGAAGGUAAACGGCGUUUCUGUGCGCUGCUCUGGUUCGCCAGAAGCGGCUUAGCCAUGCUGGCCACAUGACCCGGAAGCUGUACGCCGGCUCCCUCGGCCAAUAAAGCGAGAUGAGUGCCACAACCCCUGAGUCGUCCGCGACUGGACCUAAUGGUCAGGGGUCCCUUUAGCUUUACCUUUACUCAUUGAGGCUACCUGGGCCUCCAGUGAUUUGGGCAAAGGGCAACCCCAUCCAGAGCAGGCAGUUGACCCAUUUCCUGAAAACAGGAACCACUCACCCACAGCACUUCUGUCUUGCCAGAAUUCAGGCUCCAUCCCACCAUUGUAUCCAGGAACCAGGCUAAGGACUGCACACACACACUUGAUUCAGAUGUUAUGGAGAAAUAGAGCGGAGUGCCAUCAGUAUCCUGAUGGUGCCUUGCCUCCAAAGCCUGGCAGACUCUUGGCUCUCAAAUUUCAGAGGCGCCUUGUGCAACACUAAAAUUCAUCCCCCGCACCUCUCGCACGCUAUUCUGAAGCAUUGUUUUGGUGCUCCCUUCAAUGGGGCACCCAGCACGACUGCCCUGGUCACACCACCCUAAAGCUACCUCUACCCCAAACUCUUAAGGACUGUGUCCAGCGGCUUCCUCAGAUCAAAAGACAGAACAUGAAGGUUCAAGGAACCUUUUUCCUAGGAAUGUGAUGAGCAUUGCUAUCUGUUCAGCAAUAUAGCAGUAAAUCUUUAUCUUCUGGGACUGCUUCAUGUGUGUAGUUCUGUUUUUUGGGUUGCAUUAAGGUGAUGGCCAGGUUGCUGUUUAAAGUAUUGAUUAAGGUCUGAAGUGCUUUUGUUGAACUUCUGCAUUGAAAUUCAUUUUUGUACGCUGCCCUGGAUACUAACCAGUUAACAAGGGCAGUUAACAAACUGAGUGAACAAAUAAAUGAAUAAAGUAGGCUGGGAGAUGUUGGGUUUGAGCAGAGUUUGGGCAGAGCUGAAUCCAAGCAGUAGUAAGGGAGGAAGGUAUCAAGGCUAGACAUGAACUCAAGCUGCAGCAACCAAGAUGAUAGGCAACAUCUCAGCCAAUGAAAGUAUGAGUAUCGGAUCAUAUAGAUCCAAUAUCAAGGCAUUUGUGAUAAGAAUAUUGGAUCUAUAUGUAGCAUUUACAGGAGCCCUGGCCUGCCCUCCUGCAAUUUGCUGCUCUAGAAGUGGCAGUCUUUUCCAUUAGAGACCCUGACUGACUCUAGGCAAUGAUGGAGAACAGUUUCUUGCCCUUUGUUUCAUGGGUUUUGUAUUUGGGGAAAUACCUUGUAAAUUGACAUCUGUUCAGCAAGUUACCUUUUUCAUUUCAGCCACUAAACCUGUACCCAUCACACCACUGUACCCUUCUGAAGACAGCCAGAAAGCCAGUAAUAAUCUAGUAACCGUCACUGGCAUAUCUUUGUGUUUAUCCAUCAUCUUUGCUACUGUCCUGAUCGCCCUAUGGAGGAAGGUUUGCAGGACCCAGAAGUGCAACACCCCUGUGCGCUGCGACCCCACCCACUCGCCCAGCUUCCGGAAGAACUCCGACGAGGAGAACAUCUGCCAAGAUGAGAGACAGCAGCGAGAGAGUUUUUCUGAGGGAGAAGCUGCUUGUUCGCUUUCUGGUGAACCUCCAGAUAUGCCCUUGAGCGCCAGGAGAAGUCUUUAUUUUGCUUCGGAAGGAGGAGGGGGAGGAGCUUCUGCUAGCGAAAGCUUUGAGUCCACAGCUCAGAAAAUAAUCCCCCCCAUUUUCAGCUACCGCCUUGCACAACAGCAGCUGAAGGAAAUGAAGAAGAGAGGUCUCACCGAAACAACCAAGGUCUAUCGCGUUUCUCAGAACCCUUUGACAGACACGGUGCUCAACAGCUCUGUGAGCACAGAGAACCAGGAGGCAGCAGCUGGAAGCAAAUUCAGAAUCAAGUCUCCUUUUCUGGAGCAGCCCCCUGGCCACCCCAUAUCCUUAGGAGACAGGCACUGUUCUAGGGCGGAUUUUACGCUGCCUCAGGCCACUCUUACCUUGAGCCCUUGUCAGUCCCUCAUUAGAAGAGCUCACCCUAGAUACCUCGAGAAUAAAGGAGAGCCAUCAGAGAGAGUUUGUCCAAGAAGUUCGCAGUUCAGAAGAACAGCCAGCUUUCACGAAACCAGAAAAGCCAAGCCGUUCCGGAAGAGAAGCAUGUCCACCCUGACACCGUGCCAGACCCACCUCUACCAUGGCAGAGCCAGAACGUGGAGUCGUGUCCCGGAAGGAGAGCACCGGCCUAAAUCUAAAAGCACCAGUGAGAGCAUUGAAGAGUUUGAGCUGUAUUAUAGUACUCCUUUAACCACUGAAUCAAUGGCCUAUGGAACACACAACCCCCAUAAAUGGGAGCCCCCAGGGAAGAAAAUAGACUUGGUCACCAGACGCCAACCAGUGGCCCAGGAACUGUGCGUUGAUAGAUCAGAGCAGAAGAGAAACGUAAGAGGGCCUUCCCUGGGCCGUGUGGAUGCUUGGAAGAACGAAUAUGCUGUGGUGGCUCUCAAAGAUAUGCACCAAAGAGGAGGUACUCUGAGUCCUACGCAGUACAGAAGGAGUAAGUGCCAGAGCUUCCCAUCUGACCCUGAAUACCACUUCUAUGACAACACUUCCUUUGGCCUGGCUGAAUUGGAACAGCAAAUGACUGACCUGCCUGGGUAUUUUGCGUCCGAUGAAGGUGGUGGAAUAAAUACCUUAAGCAUUGACCAUUUGGUGCUCUGA